GUUUAAGAUAGUUUUUAUGUUUAGAAAAGGAAUGUUAGAUCCAAAGAGGACUUUUUUCAGCUUCAUUGCUCUCUUAAAAUCUGUGGUAAUCUCUCUUCCAUUGUUAUUCUUCAAGUAAAUAAUGCCCUUUGCUCCUCUCUCAACACCAUUUAUCUUAUAAACCCUAGACACUCCGCCGAAUUUUUACCCUUCUCCACUGGUCAUCCGCGUUUUUUUUCCGGGUCUAAGGUCACCGGAAAAAUGGCUUUCCGGCGAGUGUUAACCACUGUAAUCCUCUUCUGCUACUUACUAAUUUCAUCUCAAUCCAUUGAAUUCAAAAACUCCCAGAAACCCCACAAGAUCCAAGGACCAAUCAAGACUAUAGUCGUUGUAGUCAUGGAGAAUCGCUCCUUCGAUCACAUCCUCGGUUGGCUCAAAUCGACCCGACCCGAAAUCGACGGAUUAACCGGCAAAGAGUCAAAUCCCCUCAACGUCUCCGAUCCAAAUUCCAAAAAGAUCUUCGUCUCAGACGACGCCGUCUUCGUAGACAUGGAUCCGGGUCACUCAUUCCAAGCGAUCCGAGAACAGAUAUUCGGGUCUAACGAUACAUCCGGCGACCCGAAAAUGAACGGAUUCGCACAGCAAUCAGAGAGUAUGGAGCCUGGAAUGGCUAAGAACGUUAUGAGCGGGUUCAAACCCGAAGUCUUACCGGUUUACACCGAGUUAGCGAACGAGUUCGGAGUUUUCGAUCGAUGGUUCGCUUCAGUACCAACUUCGACUCAACCGAAUCGGUUCUACGUUCACUCAGCUACUUCUCAUGGAUGCUCAAGCAACGUGAAGAAAGAUCUCGUUAAAGGGUUUCCUCAAAAGACGAUCUUUGAUUCGUUAGAUGAGAACGGACUCAGUUUUGGGAUUUAUUACCAAAACAUCCCUGCGACGUUCUUCUUCAAGUCUCUUCGUAGGCUUAAGCAUUUGGUGAAAUUCCAUAGCUAUGCACUUAAGUUCAAGCUCGACGCUAAGCUUGGGAAGCUUCCGAAUUAUUCUGUCGUGGAACAGAGAUAUUUCGAUAUCGAUCUUUUUCCGGCUAAUGAUGAUCAUCCGUCGCAUGACGUGGCGGCGGGUCAACGGUUUGUUAAGGAAGUUUAUGAGACGUUACGGAGUAGUCCACAGUGGAAAGAGAUGGCUUUGCUCAUUACUUAUGAUGAGCACGGUGGGUUUUAUGACCAUGUUCCCACGCCGGUUAAAGGUGUGCCUAACCCUGAUGGUAUCAUUGGACCUGAUCCGUUUUACUUUGGGUUUGACCGAUUGGGUGUUCGGGUCCCUACCUUUCUGAUCUCCCCCUGGAUUGAGAAGGGCACUGUGAUACAUGAACCUGAAGGUCCAACACCACAUUCACAAUUUGAGCAUUCUUCUAUCCCUGCAACGGUGAAGAAACUCUUCAACCUAAAGUCUCACUUCCUUACAAAGAGAGAUGCAUGGGCUGGUACAUUUGAGAAAUACUUCCGUAUCCGAGAUUCUCCUCGCCAAGAUUGUCCAGAGAAACUGCCGGAAGUGAAACUAUCGCUGAGGCCAUGGGGAGCAAAAGAAGACUCAAAGCUCUCAGAAUUCCAGGUGGAGCUGAUCCAACUGGCCUCUCAACUCGUUGGAGACCAUCUCCUAAACUCAUAUCCAGACAUUGGGAAGAACAUGACAGUAAGUGAAGGCAACAAAUACGCAGAAGACGCUGUUCAGAAGUUUCUGGAAGCAGGGAUGGCUGCACUGGAAGCAGGAGCAGACGAAAACACUAUAGUCACUAUGAGGCCGUCUCUGACAACCAGGACCAGUCCCAGUGAAGGGACCAACAAGUAUAUUGGAAGCUACUGAAAUCUAUAACUAAAAAACGGAUUUUAUGUAAAUAUAUGUGCCCUCUGCAUGUACCCACUUUUACUUAGAUGCAUAUAUGAUGUGGUGAAAGUAUAUAUAUUAUAUAAUGGAUCAAAGAAUAUGGUAACGGAAUGUAGUACCCUUGCGAUGAUUGUCGGGUAUGGCCUCCAUCUCCAUAGUUGGAAUGGAUCGAGGCUUCCUGUAAUACUAAAAUGUAUCCUUAUCCUAAAAUAGACAAAGAAUCAUUGUAUUAUAUAUAGAUUGGGCCCAUCUGAUUGGCUAAUCCGAUCCUCCCAGCUCUUUCUUGGAUGUUGAAGUUUAAAGUGCA